AUGCUCCUUCUCUUCUCAAUACUUCUCUCUAUCAAAUGUAUUCCUCUCUUCAUACAAUGCUUCCUCUUCUUGAUCAAGGUCUUCUCUCUCAUCAAAGUGCUCCUCCUCCAUUCUGUCCAUAAUGAGCUUCCUCUCUUCAUUCAAGUCUUCCAUCUCCUUCAUCAAGGUGCUUCCUCAUCAUUGCAUCAUCAGACUCCCACAGAUGUCUCUCUCAAUCUUCUCUCAUCAAAUGCUCCUCUCUUCAAACAAAGUACUUCCUCUCUUCAUCAAGAUGCUUCCUCUUCUUCAACAAAGUACUUCCUUUCAUAA